AUGGAGAAACCGCAAGCAGCCACGGUGGCGUCGGAGGCUGACGCCGGCGCCGGCGACGGCGCCGACGGGUACCGCAUCCGGCCGCUGGAGCCCGGGGACAUCUCCAAGGGCUUCUGCGACCUCCUCGCGCAGCUCUCCCCGUCCGCGCCGCUCACCGAGGACGCCUACCGCACCCGCUUCGCGGAGCUCGCGCGCCUGGGCGCCGACCACCUGGUCCUCGUCGCGGAGCACGCCGCCACGGGCCGCCUCGCCGCGGCGGGGGCGGUGCUCGUGGAGCGCAAGUUCAUCCGCCGCUGCGGCGCCGUGGGACACGUCGAGGACGUGGUGGUGGACGCCGCCGCGCGCGGCCGGGGCCUCGGCGAGCGCGUCGUGCGCCGGCUCGUGGAGCACGCCAGGGGGAGGGGGUGCUACAAGGCCAUACUGAACUGCGCACCGGAGCUCAAGGGGUUCUACGCCAAGGUCGGGUUCCAGGAGAAGAACGUCCAGAUGGGGCUCUACUUCUGAUCUAGCUAUGCAAUGCUGGCGAUCUUUUUGAAGAAGGUGGCCAUAUCUUGUUAGACCAGGUCAGAACAAGGAUGAUGAUUGCCAUGUUGUCUUGUGUUGUACUAGUCACUCGUGAGUAUUCAAAACUCAGAAGGGACAGGUCGAAAGGAAGUCCUAAUGAUAGAUGGAUAUUCUACAGUUGACUCGCAUUAUAUCUGUUAGUAGUGGGAAGGGAAAGUUGACAACAUU